GAAAAUUUCCCCUGAACGGGACCGCAGCGUGCCGUUCCAUCUCCCACUCCACUCUUCUCAGCUCAGAGAGCUAACGCGCCACUUCUCAACGGACCCAGCCAGACUCUACAGAGAGAGAGAGAGAGAGAGAGAGAGAGAGGGAGAGAUGAAGGUAGCACCGAAGCUUAUCUUCGUGUUCAAGGACUCCGAUGGCCUGGCUUCGUCGAUCUCCGACGCUCUCCUGCCAAGCCCUAACUCCUCCCUUCGCCGACUGGAAGAGCCCUUCGAGCUGCCUCUGGAGCGAUACGGGAUCGGAGACUGCAGCGCUCGCGGAAACCUCGCUCACUUCAUCGAUGGCAAUGGCGUUUAUAAGGUUUCAGUGCUGAUAAUGCAAACUCAUACACCCCCAACAUUGGCAUGUGCCCUUAAUGAAGUAUUGGCACAAGUAAUAAGUGACGAAGCAGAAACUGUGCCCACACUUCUCGUCCCAUUUGUGGCAUCUCCAUCUGAAAUAAAGUGUGAAACAAGAACUCCUGGGAAGAGCAGCAAAACUUCCAUUUAUUGCAUGCCAGUUGGUCCAGAAACAAGUGUACCCGGUGCUAUAUUUGCCAAAACUGAGAAGACUCCAUCGCCUUUGCAGAUUCAGCAUGAGCCUCUAGCGUGCCUUCUUCAUUUUGCACGUGUCUUGAAGUUGCCAGCUAUUUUUCUUUUCGGAAGGAAAGGGGUAAGCUCAGAGAGAGGAUCUGGCGACGAGCUUGAGGUACUUGUUGAGAUAGGAGAGCUCUUGGCCAAUACCACCGGCUUGUUUUUCUCCAAAGACAAGAUCUCGUGGAAUCCUGGGAAGACAAUAAGGGACGUUGAGGAGCCAUGGCGGGCAUUAUACGGCUGAGUUUUUUUGGCUAGAAACUAAAGAGCACUCAUUUUCUGUUCAAGUCUAUCUGCAACUUCCACUCUCCAAAAGGUUCCAUUGCGAAGAAUGAGAGUUCCUAUUUAUAGCUGCAGAGGAGGAAAGCCGUCAGUUCUUGUGCUUGUAUUUCAUUAGUGGAUGCAAAAUUUCUUACUUAAUUUGGAUCGUCAAUAUUGCUUUUAGGAGGACAUUUUCAAAUUUCGGGAGGGAAUAUUCUCCUGACGGUUCUUGAUAUAUUUGAUUUUCAUGUAUAAUUUGAUUUUGACAAAUUUGUAUGUGCAGAUUUUAAAUAGGAAACUUUUACAUACUCAA